GAUGUCUCACAACAUUACCAAUAGGACGGCUGGGUUACGACUACGCUACGGAAACAAUCCCAACUAGAUAGUAGCAAUACCGUAGGGUGCGGACACUAGAAUUCAAAACUGGUUUACAAGACCAAGAACUGAACAACUCAAGUCAAUCGUCAGGACCAAUAAAAUCCGACAACCGACGAAUGCCCUGAAGCAGUACUCAAUACUGAACCGAAUGCAACAUUUUAAAGCAUCGAUACUCUCCAAAGUAAAAUCCACACUGCGCGCACUAUUCACAAACAUACCCCGCUGCACCGCAUAACAUUUGGCCGGGGAAUACGCAAAUCAAAGAUGGGCAACAACUACAGCAGUGCCACCGAGGACUGCAAAGGAGAUCGGAACUCUAUUUUGCAAUCGGCAACAGCGGUGUCGGAAGCUAUGAAUGGAUGCUCCGAAGAAUACAGAGGUAGGUAGAUAGACUCCGAUGCCGCUAUCGUUGGCACGAUGCCCGAAGAGACCUCGUCGUUUGUUGUUAUAUUGCUUGUGUCAAUUUAUUUCCUCUGACCAUUUCGUUGUCGUCGCCGCAAACUAAACACAUCCAUUAAAAAUAUGUGUCGGGGGUUGCAGCUCCCGAGCAAGAGAAAGAUGUUUCCACAUCCGAUGCAACAUACGACAACCUCGAUGCCUCAUUAGAAAUGCUGGAUGAGCUAAUCGAAAGCAGUGAGCAACAACGGGAGCCGAUGCAAGAGCCAAUGGAAAAUCUAGGUGAAAGUCUCAGUUCCUUUUGCCCUCCGAUGCAUCAUAGAUUGUCUCUGGCGACGGACUACAUUCAGAUCACCGACGUCCUAGCCGACGUUCGCGUCAAGUACCAUGUCAAUGCGAAAGAACUCGGCCACGGCCACUACGGAAUCGUGCGGAAGUGCAUGAACCGAGCCACGAAACAGUGGUACGCCAUUAAAUCGAUCCGAAAGAACAAAGUGAAAAAGAUCGAGGUGUUGAAGCGCGAAAUCGAGAUACUGAAGGAGGUCAAACAUCCGCACAUCAUCGAAUUGGUCGACGUCUUUGAGGACCCUAAGUACUUGCACCUGGUGACGGAAUUGUGCACCGGCGGAGAAUUAUUCGAUCGGAUAAUUGCCAAAUCGCAGAGCCCAGAGGGCCACUACAGCGAACACGACGCGGCGUCUAUCAUCCGAGCCAUCCUCGAUGCUAUAGCAUAUUGUCAUUCCAAAACAAUUGUUCAUCGAGACCUGAAACCAGAGGUAUGUUUUUUGGGUCCUAAAGUUUGGACGAAUUGUUCGGUUUCUGUGUUUGCCCGAUUUCCCCGGGUCGUUGGCGCGAUUGAUGCACUUAUUAUACGUUAUUUACUGCACCCUCAAUCUUAUUGAAAAAUCCUACUUUUCACCACCUUCUGCGAAAUGAUGUUACAAAGAACUUUUUGUUUUUGACCGAAGCAGAAGGAUCCCCAAUAAAAAUCAUUGAUUUCGGUUUGUCUCGUCACAAGGACGAGAACGAAGAAAUGAUGAAGACAAAGGUUGGUAAGUUCCGCAGCAAUUGUGAUCCUGGUUUUUGAAGCUUAUGCUUGAAAUGAUUGUUCGCUUCUUCGACGUCCUAUGCCAACCAAUUUGUCACGACUUCUUUUCGAUAUCCCAGGGACGCCGUAUUACGUGGCACCGGAGGUACUGAGACGAGAAUACACGGAAGCAUGCGAUGUCUGGUCGAUUGGGGUGAUAACGUAUAUCUUGCUUUGUGGCUACCCGCCUUUUUACGGUGACAACGAUGCAGAAAUUUUCAUGUCGGUCCGAGCGGGGGACUUUGACUUUCCAUCGCCCGAAUGGGACGAUGUUAGCAGCGACGCCAAAAACUUUGUAACCUACCUGCUGCAGCAAUCGCCCGAGUUGCGUCCAACGGCCCUCAAGGCCAUGGAGCAUCCGUGGAUUUUCACCCACGUUCCUACGGCAGCGACCGAGGACCGCGUGAAGAUCCUGUCGAACCAGAGCAUCCGGGGAACAAACUUUCAGAAAUUUCUGGGGAUGCAAAAACUCAAAAAGGCCGCUCUCGUUACGAUUGCACGGAAUCUGACCCACGAGGAAGUAGGAUCGCUCGAAGACGUUUUCCGAAAAGUGGAUCGAACGGGGGAUGGCAGGGUGUCACUGACCGACAUUCACUCUUCUGUGCUGAAAGGUAAGGCGGUUCGCAUGCGAUGCGAAAAGGUUCGUCCCGCAUCGGCAAAUGGUGUGGAGUGCUGUUCUAGUGUCGCGAGAAUGGACUAUGCUUUUUUUUGACUAACGAACGAUACAAACAUUGUAUUUUCUAAGAAAAAUUGUCACCCCAGAUUCAGGCCGAGCUGAUUGCCAUGAAAGAAGAAUUGUCGCUGUCAGACGACGACACCCUGAACUGGAAGUCGUUUUUGGAUGCCACCGUCGAUAAGAACCUCGUGAUGAGGGAAGAUAAAAUUCGCUAUGCAUUUGAUCAUUUCGUCCACGGGGAGAACAAAGAUUACUUGACGCUAAACGACUUUGAGAGUAUAUUCCAUGGAGACACACAAGGAAGAGAGGUCUUUCAAUCUCUGGAUAAGAAUGGAGACGGAAGAGUUUCGUUUGAUGCUUUUCGUGCCGCGAUGGAAGAAAGCAUUGAUUUCGACGGCGGAGACAAGUGACUAUUUCGAUUGGGACAUUAUGUUAGUUGAAUGCUUUUACAAAAUUUGUGAAACCGAAGGACAUUCUUGGCAAGACCUUUCCGCUGCUGAGUUGAAGAGGAAGCACGAUCGACAAAUCUAUCGAAACGAUGGAAACCAACUGGUGUAUACUAUAUGAUUGCCCUCGUAUGACACACCAACAGCGAGAUCUGUGACCGUGUUCAUGGUCAUUCUAAAUUUGUCCAAAGGACCUGAGAUCCACUGUGGCGAGGGGUUGGUACGGUGUGGUUGCGCCUUCUUAUGUAUCCCUUUACGCCAUAAACUUGGAUGAAUUUUCAAUGCGUUUCAUGCUGUCUCCAAAUUCGAGAUGCAGAUAUUGUUGACUGAAUAAACCAAUGACGAAGUAGUCUCAUACAUUCGCCAUGGCUACUAGUAGUAGCGGUAGUACUUAUAAUACGGUAAUA